UGUCAUAGGAAGGGACAAAAGUACAGUUAUCACUCUGAAGGACCGAGAUCGAUUGCCUUAUGUAGAGGCGGUCAUAGCGGAGACGAUGCGCAUAUCGCCCGCAGGACCUCUUUCACUUCCACACAAAGCACGACACGACUUCUUAUCGUCACCUUGGUGCUUCUUCGCCAUCUCUUCCAUCGUUACACCGAGCCCUCUAACCUACCCCCUGGACCACGCCCUUACCCUAUUAUUGGAAAUUCUCCACUGCUGAUUGGCUCAUUUUCCUCACUCCACGUCAAGUUCACUGAGCUCGCGAAAACAUACGGCAGCGUCUACACUCUCUACCUCAACGGUCAGCGGUCUGUCGUAGUCUGCUCGGCCAAGGCAGCGCGCGAGGGACUGGUAGGGAGAAAAGACGCAUUUUCUGGUCGUCCUUACAGCUUUUCUUUGGAUUAUGUAUCCAAUGGUAGUAAAGCCAUAAGCUUCACCGAUGUCUGUCCCACCUAUUUUCUGAAAAAACGGAUUGUACAGUCAUCCAUGCGUCAGUACUACCCCCAAGUUGAAGACAAAGUCAAUCAUCAGUUGGAUGAAGUACUGGCGAGAAUAAAAGCGCUUGACGGAACCGCCUUUGAUCCACAUCACUUACUAUCAUUGAUCACCCUGAAUCUUGUAACGUCGAUGACAUUCGGAACCAACUACACACUCGAUGAUCCAGAAUUUCUUCUUUUGGUUCAAAUGAUUGAUGAUUCAACUCGAAGUAUUGGAUCAAUGAGCACGCUUGACAUGUUCCCGUUUUUGAUGCAUCUGCCCAUCAGAACAUCCAAGCUACUCAAGAGCAUUGCUAAAAACCGAAACGAAUACUUUAUGAAACAAGUUCAGCGACACAUAGACAGCAACGACGGCAAAAGCAUCAGAGAUCUCACUGAUGGAUACAUCAAGGGGCUUACAGAGGCAGAGAAAGAAGACGCCAGCGUCCACGAAGUAAACUCCAUCGAGCAUAUUGCCACAACGAUGGGCGAGAUGAUUACUGCGGGGAGCGAAACAUCCGCUACAACAAUGGGCUGGAUGCUCGCGUACCUGACAGUUUACCCAGAAGUCCAAGCGCGGCUUCACCGUCAGCUCGAUGACGUCAUCGGUAGGGACAAAAAUACAAUCAUCACACUGAAGGACCGAGAUCGAUUGCCUUAUGUAGAGGCGGUCAUAGCGGAGACGAUGCGUAUUUCGACUGCUGUGCCACUUGCAAUUCCACACAAAGCAACGUGCGACACGACACUCAACGGCUUCUUCAUCCCAAAAGAAACCACCGUUAUCUUAAACCUGUGGGGGGUACAUCACAACCCUGCUGAGUGGGCGGAUCCACACGUGUUCAACCCCGCCCGCUUUCUGGACAAGGAUGGUAGUUCAUCAAGAAUGAAAAACUCAUGCCUUUUGGAGCGGGAAGGCGGUUAUGUCCCGGAGAAAAGAUGGCGAAGAUGCAGCUGUUUUUGAUGACCUCAAGACUUCUACGUCACCUGGAGUUUAAGCCGCCACUAGAUGGCUCACUGCAGAACUUGCAGGGAUUAAUGGGUAUGGUAUAUUAUCCGCUGCCGUACAAGAUACGAGCGUUAGAUAGACUUUAGGCGGCAACUACACUACCCUCCAUCGAGCCUCGAGGGGGUCUAUGGGUGUGGUUAAUAACCCGCUGCUGUAGAAAAUACGAGAAUAUCCUUUAUU